AUGAUGAUGCUAAGCCAGAGGAGCAGACCACUGCGCUGCAGGGAGGUGACUGGGCCCACCCCUCAUUCGGUGGCCGUGAAAGCCAAAUUCCCAACCAGCAGACCACUUGACUACAUUACACUAGAGCGCAGGAAACGGGAUGACCUGCGUGAUCAGAUGUUGGCUUUCACCAAGGAGAAUGACUAUAAAGAUCUGAAGAGCAAAUGGGAGCUGCUCACCGAUCACAAGAUACUGCAUAACACGGUCCAGAGGAAGGUGAAUGAGACAAUGGAGGAGUACCAGAUGCAGAUUGAGGAACGCAGAGACAGACUGAAGGCCUUGCUGGAGACAGAGGAGCUGAAGUACAUCCAAGAGAUGGAGUCCAUGGAGGAGACCACCCUGGAGAGACAGGCCAAGAUGAGGGAGAGAGCCAAGAGCCUCCGAGAAAGACGGGAGAAGGAAAGGCUGGCACUGGUGGUAGAAAAGCGUGACCAGCAGUUCAGGGAGCAGUGUGAGGAGCUGCGGGCUCUGAGGUCACGGAUACACCAGAACGAGGUGUGUACAGAGAGGAUGGCACAGCUGGCACUGAAAGAGGAGUUGGAGAAGCAGAGGAAGGAAGAAGAGAACCUGUUUGCUGAGCUCUGGGAGAAAGACCGAUUGACUAAAGUGGAGAACGAGGAGAAGAAAACCCAAAAGCAAAUGGAGCUGAACCGGGAAAUGUUGGAUGUCCUCCAAGCCCAGAGAACAGCCGCCGACGCUCAGAAAAUGGAGGAGAAAAGGCUCAAAGAGGAGGAGGCCCACUUACUGGCGGAGCAGAGGAAGCUCAUGAAGAUGGAGGAUGAACGCGCUUUGCGGGAAAAGCAGCAAAAACAGUCUCAGGUCAGGAACAUGUUGGAUCAUUCCAUCCGCCUGAAGAUGAAGCGAUUGGCUCGAGACCAGCAGGAGGAGCUAGCGCUUGACAUGAAGAUCAUGGAGCAGAUCAUGCAAGCAAGACACUCAUGAUGAUACAGAAGAGAAGCGCCAGAGGAAGAUGGAGCUGCAGAAAGAGCAGCAGAUCUACAGACAGUACCUGGCCCAACAGCUGGAGGAGGAGAAGAGACAAGAGAGGGAGAUGGACAAGCUGAUUGAGGCUGAGCUAGAGAAAUCCUGGGCCAAGAGGGCAGAGCAGCUGCGGCUGGAGAAGGAGGCCAGGAAUCGGCUGAUGAAGGAUGUCAUGGACACCCGAAGACUCCAGAUCCAAGAGAAGUUGGAAAGGAAUGCCAGACAACAGGAAGAGCUGGCCCAGGAUAAGGAACUUUUGGAAAAAGCUGUGGCAGAACACAGGCAGCUGGAGAUGGAGAGGAAUACCAGGACGGUGAAGACAGCCCAGCAGUACCAGCACCAGCUUCUCUCUCAGGUGGCAUACCAGCAACAGUUGCGGGAGGCGGAAAAGGAGGAGGAGCGUCGAGAGUAUGAAUCUGGAUUACUGGUGGAGAAAUCAUACCAACAGAAGUUGCAAGACAUCCUGUCCAGACCGUACGUCCGCCAGGAGCACAUCCACCCCUUGAGAAGGACACGCCUCUCCAGCCCUAAAGACUGGCUGCCCCAGUAA